UGUAAACGGAGCCCACGUUCAUUAAUUAAAUGGCUUUGGUCCGACUAGGCCUCAAUUUGCGCUGUUGAGCAGCAGGCGGCGGGCGGCGCAACACUAGAUGCCCGAUUGGCAGUCGACAAUCAGAGGGGAGGAGUCUGGAGAGACAGUGAGUUGUGAAAGCAAUGGAGUGGCAGAGUGGCUGUGCCCCCUGUGCCAAAAAAGGCAAACAGACAGAUCCUCCCUGUCUCUACAUCUCACUGGGCAACACAGCGUACUUCCAUCUUGUGUCGACAAACUGCUGGACAUUGCUGUUCUAAAACAGGGUGGCAGUGGAGGAGAAGAGGACAAAAGUGCUCUAAAGUCAUUAGGUGCUGAAUCUUUACAACUGAAGCACGCUGAAGCCGUCUGUUCAGAUCCCUGCCAAUCUAGUGAGACUUCAGACGCUACCCAGACGCUGGGAGACAAAGAGAUGGAGGAAGAGAGAAUAAUGGAACAGGAGGGAGGUGAAGCUGAGCCAGAGCCAGAAGAGGAGGGAAAUCAAGGCACAGGAGCCAAACGGCAAAAUGCAACUGAAAACAGAAAAAUACCAGACAGUAGUGAAAAGUCAGUUGGUAAAAAUGGUGCGCCAGCUGAAAACAACACCCGGUCAUUCAAAUGCAAUGCCUGCCUGGAAACCUUUCCUGGCAGAACUGCCUUGAGAGUUCAUUACAACUCUACAUCCCACAUUCAGAGGAUGACAAAAGGCUCUGCAAAACAAGCUGGGGACAUUGAUCCGCCAACUCCCUCAGUUCCUGGUCUGUCUCGGCCAUACAUAUCAAACAAACCAUACCAGUGUGCUGUAUGUCGAGUCUCUUACAAUCAUGCCAUCACCCUUGAGAGCCAUAUGAAAUCGGUCUUGCACCAGACCCGAGGCAGAAAUGCUGGAAUUGUUGCACAUGCUACAAACAGCGCAGCUGCUGGUUUGGGAGGUACCACCACCAGUGCUCUAAACACUGUAGUGACCACAUCUGGAAGUGGAACCAGUCAGCUUGUUGCCACCACCACCAACUGUGCUGCUCCUGGGACCUUGAUCGUAACUACCACAAAAGACGGAGAGCCAAUUCAAACUUCACAAGUGGCUCCCUCCCUCCUCACCUCCCCUGCGGCCUCGGCUCAGGCGGUCUCGGCCUUUCUCACCCUCCUCACAUCUAAUCCCAACACACUCUCGCACUCCCUCAUCCCCUCCCUGUUUGCGGCUGGUGCUGCUCCGGGUGCCGCCAUGCCUCAGCUCGUGCCUCAUUCGCAAAUGGUCAUGCCCUUGAUCUUGAACGGGCUCCAAGCCCAAACCCAGCAGCACAUAGAGAACCAGCAAGGCCAGCUCCUCACCCAGUGUGUGCCAUUCGUAGGUCUCAGCACAGCCCAGCAAGCCCUCCUAACCCAAAGACUCAACAGCUUACAGAACCAGUGGCCCUCUGCAGGAGUUCAAACAAACACACAGCCCUGCCUGGACGAGCAGACUAUAAAGUGUGAGAGAGAACAAGAAAGACACGACAGGGAUGAGACACCAGAGAAGGUCUCGAAUCAGAUCAAGGGCAGGAAUAACUGGACUACAGAGAACAUUAAAUUGGAGAAACUUAUGGAAGAGGAUGGUAACGAAUCUGCACAGUGUCCUAAUAUAGAAGGCAAAGUGAAGGUUAAGAAUAACAAAGACAAUGGGAAGGCGCAUAGAGAUAGCACAACAGAUGGAGACAGCUCGACUAAUCAGUUGGACCUGGAAGGUGAUAAAGCAGCUAGCGUCAAUCUCUCCCCAGUGGGCACAGAGAAGAGCCUCUGCAAUAAAAAUCUCUCGCCUUCUGCAUCUGUGCCCAGCAACUCAAGCCUCAGUCCUUUAAAUUUAAACCUUACACUUAGUCCUGAUUCUACUCCUCAAAAAUCCCAUUCGGGCACUAGCCCCUGUGGCUCUCUUGGCACCCCAAAAUCUAGCCCGAGUACAAAUGCCUUAACUAACAACCAAACUCGACCCAGUUGUAAUGCAAUGGGAUCUAUUUAUCCAGACCUUCCAGUGCUGUCAGAGUUCCAGUCGGAAGUUCUCUGGGCAUUCUUUGAGUCACGAAGUGCGGCUGAUGCUGCAAGUCCUCCCCAUGAGGACUGUGAGGCACUGGGGAGAGAGGUGGGACUUUCUGAGGAAGAGGUACGCAAGUGGUUGAGCCAAGCCCGGCAUGCAAAACAGAGGCAGAGGGCAACAGAGUUUGAACACCUGCAACGCUUGGUGGGAAUCGCAAGGCAUGCCCAAAGUUCUGACUGUGACUAUGACGAUGAGGAAAACUCGCUGAUUAUAGCAGAAGGUGAGGAUGAUGUUGAAGCAUCAGGUAGUCAGGCAAUAGAUUUGUCUAGUACAAGAGGGAAACGCAAAAAGAGAGAUUUGGGAAGGGAGGGUCAGGGCGAUUCCUGUCUCACUUCUGACUCUGAAAAUGAGGUAUACACCUCUGUCAUUGUGUCUGAUGAGGAAAGUCAGAAUGGGUCUUUGAGGGAGGGUCCUGAGAGCCCCGCUAAAGAUGAAGCACAUUGGGAAGUCCAUGGUGAUAAGGGGCCAGUUGGAGGAAAGGUCUUGCGCUCCACAACUGUGUUUCUCUCUGAUGCAGAAGAUGAGUAUGAAGAUGAGGAGGGUGGGGGGGGUCAGAGAGCAAAGAGGAAAAAAAGAAAGGGGGAGUUUGAGCGUGAUGAAGUGGAGGUGAAGAAGGAGAGACAGGACCCCGAUGUGGAUCUAGAGUUGGAGGCCCAAGGGGAUCCUCUAAGUUCACAGUCUCACGCUGAGAUUCCAAUCAGUGCUCUCCACUCACUUCCCCUGUCACUUGCUCCUUUUUCUACUCAGUUCCUCAGCCCAUAUGUCCUCUCUCUUACUCCUUCAGUGGUUGAUGGGAGCAAAGUGCCCAUUUUUCCUAAUCCCCCUACUAUCACACGCUUCUCCAGCUCUCUUCUCUCACAGUCUCUCUCCUCCCAUAGCCAAACUUCCCACUACCUGUCCAAUGGUGGGGACUGUGAGUCCGCUCUGGAUCUCAGCAUGGGGAGAAACAACAAAUCUGCUUCUUCCACAUCAUCUCUGGCUGAUAAAAUUGCAGCACAGAAGGGACAAUUGCUGGAUGGGCUUGGCUUGAGGCCCACAUCCAAAGGUCUGGUAGUCGUCCAGGUGAAGCCUGAACCUGUUACUUCCAUGCUUUCUUCCAACAGCAGUGUGAGUAUGGUGAACUGCAACAACAUGACAAAGUCAAGUAUUUACAUGAGGGCUGCAGAGAAAAUGAAUGCCACACUAUUGGAAAGGGAGCGAGAAAAAGAGAGGGAGAAGGAACAGCAACAGCAACUGCAGAGAAAGUCCAAAGGAAAAAGGUAUCGGGAUAUGCGACGUUCAAGGACCAUCAUUCAAGCUGAACAACUUGACAUUCUGUAUGGCUGCUAUUUCAAAGACCCAAAUCCUGGGAAACAUGAGUUUGAACAGAUUUCAGAGUGGGUCCACCUUCCGAAGAAGGUUGUUCAGAUUUGGUUCCAGAACAUGAGGGCAAGGGAACGAAAAGGUGAGGUCAGAUUCAUCAGUGAUGGGACCCUGGCAGCGGUUGGCAAACCUCUCAUCAAAUUUACCUGGCCUCUUUCCAAACCCAUUUUCUCAAACAAGCCUGCUCCAAAUAAUACUGGGUGUAUCACAACUACUCCAAUUGUGCGCACCCUCAUUAAGACAGAGAGAGAGCCUGUUAAGGAGCUGGGCAAACCUGCAAUGGUGAAAAAAAUCACCCCAGUUCCAAUCAAGCCCAAAGAGGUUGUUUCCUCUACUACAGUGUCUCCUGUGAGCAGCAGUGCUUCUGCAGUGCCAAAGACCAAGCUCGAAACCACCAGCAAUGUCACUAUGGUUAAAGUUGCACCCAAAGUCCACACCCCUGUCCUUUUACCACCACCCAAGGAUCCAAUCCCCAUUGCCCCACGACCAGCCCAGAAACGAAAGCUAGAAGAGGAGAGCGAGGAAGAAAAGACUGAUGAGGAGAGAGACAAUGAAGAUGAGAUGAGUUCUGGACCAGGAACCACUAACCGCAUGGUGCCCAAGCUGCCCACAACUCCCAUCAACAACAGGCCUCAUGCCACAACAGUGAUGCCACAAAAACAGAAUGGACUCAACUACUGGACCCCCAAGGUCCCAAUUAAGAUCAACACUCUAUCGAGAGAACAACUGUCUCUUCCAACCCACACAUCUCCUCGUACCAUCCCCCCUCCUCCAACCCCUAGCAUUGCGCCAGUUAGCCCAAAUACCCCCAGCUCUGCCAAAGUGGCUAGCCCCUCCACCCCGGUACUGGCAAAAUCAAGCCCGUCAGAAAGCAGCUUUCUGCCCCACUCAUCCAGCCGUAGGCCACGAACACACUUGUCCUGCCUACAGCUGUCCAUUCUGCAGUCCUGUUAUGAGACCUGUGCCCACCCUAAUGCCAUGGAGUGUGAGGCAAUCGGCACCGAGCUCAACCUGCCGCUCAAGGUGGUGCAGAUUUGGUUCCAAAACACCAGAGCCAAGGAGAAGCGCUGGAGGCUGCAACAAGAGAAAAUGUCUCCUCUGUCAGGUGGAAAGGUGGACAUGAGCUCAGGAAGCUACCUGCAGUACAACGCUCUCAAAGCCAAUCGUCCCAUCCUUCCCAAACCUGUUCAGCUGACCGUUACUGAACCUCCAGCUUCCCCAAUGGCCGGCCAGCCGGUGCCAAAGGAGACCCUGACAGGCCGCUGUGAUGCCUGCAACGUCUCCUUUGAAUCCCGGGCUGCAGCGAGGGCCCACGUCUUCUCCCCACGGCAUCUGGCGACCCUGAGAACCACUAACUUUGGCCAGCCGCCAACGCUCGUCAACAAGAACGGAACCGGUAACGGAGGACCUGGCAGUGUCGUGCCAGGAUCUCACUCCGCUCCGGUAACCAGCUCUGGAGGAGAGAUGGUUAAUGAGUUGCCUCCACCGACAUCCACCAGCAACAGUUAAAGACUCGGAUCAGGAUUGGUCUGCACACUGACUAUUCUUGGACCCAUUUGGGCUCCUCAGAUUUUAAUAAACAAAUUUGAGCACUAAUCCUCAAAAGCUAAUAUUCUUUAGUUUUUGAAGUUUGCUCCCCCUGCACCCGCUCUCCCUCGCUCAACAUUCACUGACUCGAAAGCCGUUGAUCUAUAGAGUUCACCUGAAAUCCAACCCAACAGCAGACCAUUUCCACGCUGCUUCACUCUAACUCAGUUGCUGUCUGAUAAGUGAUGAACACAUCUCAAGUCUCCUUCAAUCCUUACACACUUUAUCCAAACACUUUUGGUCCUAAGCCUGUGGUUAUAUGUAUAAAUAUAUAUGACCUUACUUUAACGACCUUCCUAUAAUUUGUAAAGGCACUCAACUUGCCAUGCUUGAACUGUGCUACCCUAAAGACUGAUGCAAACGUGUUUCCUCUUGGGAAGGAAGUGGCCAUUUGACGGAAGGCCUGGACAUUUUCUGGGAUAAUAACAUGAAAUAACUCCCAGUUUUCUCCUGUGGAAUUGUAUUUCUCAUGCCUUUCACUUCUAGGGCAAAAGUUGCUUGGAUAUAAUACAACUGGACUGAACCAUUGGGAGAGGAAGAACUGGUAGUGACUGUCACCUUUUUUUUAUUUUCUACAGGAGUGCUCUGAAGAGUGUUGUGUCCACUCAUUUGGGAUUUUAAAAAAAAGAGGUACUUUAGAGAGAAUAGGGCUGUUGAAUUGUCCCCAUUUACAUGUUCAUAGUUUUCACGACAAUCCUAAUAGACAGAGCAAAAAGGCUGAGGAACGUAGAAUCUUGGCAUACCGCACUUUGACACAUUUUACAUUGUUUGAAAUGUUUUUAAGCAUUCUAAUGCAAGUGUCUUUUUAUGGAAAGAUACAUUGAUGCAUGAUGGAUGCCUUAAUAUAAAUCACGUGAAAUAAAUUGAUUUUUGCUAGUCAAUAAAACAUGCUUUAGGUGUGAGCAUAAUUGUGCAAGAAGCAGACCUGGGUAUGUAAAUGAAGAGUUCUGUUGCAAAAUGCUUUUAUAUCGAUUUUUGAGGGAAAUAUCUGAAUGUCAUAUUCUGUACCUAGCAAAUCCUGCCUGUAAAAUUGCCAGCAUCCUCUUGGCCAAGGACUAUAAUUACAACCAUCUUGUUUUUAUUACAAAUUACUUUGAUCCUGUGGAUUUCACUUUCCCUCCAAAUGGUGUAUAUGUCAUUUUGAAAUGCAGCUCUUCAAACCUGUCGAGGUAAAUAACUGUUUUCACACACUGUGGGUGUGUUUAGAAAUAUGACCGCCUUAAGGAGACACGCCACCACGUAUACCAAUUCAAGCCCAUAUAAUCCGUGUAUAAUUUCAUCCUAACCUGGCAUCGUGGGUCAGACCAAAUUUGUUAAUUUACAGUUUUCUUUGCCAUAAAUAUUGUGCAUAAGAUCAGAACGAUAAGUACUCAAUUUAUUUGCUUCAAUAUUUAUACAAAUGCCAAUAUAAGCAAUUUAAAAACUGGUGUAACAGACUUUUAUUUAGGUCAAAAGCCAAGCCUCUGGAAAUAUUAAGAGAACAGGGCUUGAAAUGGGCAGUCCCCCACCCCCCCCCUCGUUUUGAUACAGAGUUACUAAUUCUGGAAAUGUACGUGCUGUGAAAUGAGAUCUCAUAUCUGAAAACCAUGACAAGGGAGAAAGUUGGGUAUUACUAGUAUCCUCAAGGGACUAAUGAAUACUGAAAGCAAAUUAGAAAACAUUAAAUGUGUUGACUGAGAGCUAAUAAGAUGGUGCUGUGUUGAAGGACACUUAACAUACUAAAGAUGUUUUCCUUCAAUUUAAGUUGUAUAUUAAUGUUACUAUUGAUAGUUUUAACAAAAAUGCAAAACUAAAACAUGAACUUUUGUAAAGAAAUAUAUUAAAAAUAACUGAUAUUCCAAA